UAUUGGAAAAUUCAUGUAUGUCUAGGUGGCUUCAUCCUAAGACUAAACAAGCCAAAAAUUCUCAGCUCCUUCCUCAUUGUUGGGUUGCACCAUCUCACAGCUCUUCAGACAGAAGGACUGCAGAUCUGCAACUUGUCUUGUGAUACAGUAUUUACAUUGGAUCUCUACCUCAGAUUCACAACAGCUGAUGGUCCCAGAUUGGUGUAUUGGGAUGGUAUAGUGGGCCAUAGUGGGAAGAAUAGAUGUUGCUUGUAUUGUGAAAUAAUGGGCAGGUGA